AUGCCGGGAUUUGAACUCCGUAUAUUUGAACCGUUUUAUCAUGUGUUACCAAGUGAUCUAUUAAUAUUGAAUCAGAUACAAUUGGGACAAGUAUCCGGUUUAGCAGCAUGUGUUAAAAAUCCAAAUCGUUUAAUUGUAUUUCAUCGUGGUUCAAGAGAAUGGACAUCAGAAUCGUUUCCCGAUGGUAAAAACUUUGAUAAAGAUAAAUUUGGUGUUAUCAAAGAGAAUACAAUAUUGACAGUAAAUACAAAAAAUGGUGAAAUUAUUAAUCAGUGGGGAAAUGAAACAUUUUCGAUGCCACAUGGUCUGUCAAUAGAUAAAAAUGGUAAUUUAUGGUUGACCGACGUUGCCAUGCAUCAGAUAUUCAAAUAUGACACAAGUAAUCCACGUCAAUUAGUGUUAACAUUAGGCGAAUCAUUUGUACCGGGAUGGGAUGAAUCGCAUUUUUGUAAACCGACAGAUGUUGCUGUUAGUGAUGAUGGACAAUAUGUCUACGUUGCUGAUGGCUAUUGUAAUGGACGAAUUAUUAAAUUUGAUUCAAAUGGAAAAUAUUUAACAGAAUAUAAAAUGCCCGCUAAUCAACGUACGUUUCGACAAUUACUGGUUCCACACAGUUUAGCAUUAAUUGAGUCAUUAGAUAUUCUUUGUGUGGCUGAUAGAGAAAAUGGAAGGAUUGUUUGCUUCGAUGCUGGUUUAGAUUCACAAUCGGAUGAAGGUCAGAUACAAUCAAUAAUUAAACAUCAAAGAAUGAAAACUGUUUAUGCCAUUGCUUACGAUCAAAACAAUGGUAUGCUUAUGUUAUAG